AUGAAUCUCAAUUCAACAAACUUGUCCAUUCAGGAAAUUGUGGAGAAAUUCAGAACAAACGCGUUCCUAACCGAUGAAUUGAAAGACUUCAAAAUUGAAGAUGAAAAUUUCAGUAAUGAAAUUUUCAACCAAUUUCUGUUUGAGUGGAAUUAUCAUGGAAAAGUUUUUCCUUCGAUUGUUGAAGAAUUGUCUCAGCGACUAAAUGUGACAAAAGUGGUGACUGAUCACAUAGAUCUCAUUCCUCGCGUUUGUGAGGUGAUUAAAAGUUUCCAACUGAAAGAGUUGAGCAUUGGUUCACAUAAUUCUUUGAAAAUAUUCCGCACCGAAGAUGAUGACGAAUAUCGGUUUGUUAAAGCUACAGUUGAUAUUGUUGCCUGUCUCAAAACACUGAUCGAAGGCAAAAACGGAAAAUGUUUGAAGUCUCUCCGUAUUGUGGGCAACCACAAAAAAGAAACAUUUCCAGAUGGUUGGAUAAAACAAAUUCAUGAACUCUGUCCGUUGGUCGAAGAACUCCAUCUUCCCAUGUGCUUCUUCUCUAAAAAUGACUUCGAUUUUCUAUGCGAAAACUUUCGCACGUUGCGAUGUUUGAAUAUCGCUGGCUCAGAGUAUCACAGUUUACGUGGGAUUGGACAACUGAGAAAUUUGGAGGUUUUCCAUGCUGGAAACGCCGUAUCUGAAAAUAAAACUGACGUGUCAGAGUUGUUCGAGUUACAGAAAUUAAAGGAUUUAGACAUCAGCGGCCACCGGUAUCACAUUUCUCAAGAAGUGAAGUGGUUACUGAAAACCCGUGGAUAUUUUCCGUUGAAAGUUCUGAAUUGUGGGUAUAACGAUGUAUCUUUGAGGGACUUAUACGAUCUGUGCCAACGUUUCCCUUCACUUAAAACGAUUGGUCUGCUAGGUGGAAGCUUAAUUAUCAGAAAGGUUGACAUGAAAAAUAUUUUUUCAGGAACUAGUCUUCAAGUGAGCGAAAAUAUUCCAGUACCAAGAAGAAAUACUGAGCUGAUGACUAUCAAAACCUUACCGUCGGCCUUCAGAUCAAUGAAAUAUUUUCUUUCGAGAGACCCGCAUAGUCUUGGUUCUUUCGAAUAUUUUCGAAACGAUAUCUACACAAAUCCGUCGUACAGUCGUAUUUUCAACCAUAUUGGAUCAGUGUUCGAGAAACUGAAACGUGCAAAAACGAUGAAACAAACUGAUGUUUGUGGUUUUUUGGAAAUAUUGAUGAGUGAGAUGUCAAGAAAGAAACCAGCCGACUGGAUUGUUGCACCUCUACUGGCUCAUACGAAAUCACUAACAGAUUCUCGUUUCUUCUGGAAAUGUGUUGACGACACACGGUUUGUGCCUGCUAUUCUGCACGUCUUGGAUCGGACCCCUCUCGAAAUAGAAACGAUUGCAGCUGAAUCGUUUGCUAUUCAUAAUGUAUUGGAGAUUCUAAACCAUUACUGCAAUUUUUUCCCAAAAAGCAGAUUCACCGAUGAUAUCGUGGAAAGAACUGCACACGUCUUCUGUCGAUGUGAAAAAGUGGGAAAGGAUAGGAUUUAUACCAAAUGCUUGAAUAUUUUUCAAUUAUCCAUGUGUAAUGUUCCCCGUGACCUUGCUCUCAAUCUGAAUGAAGGACAAGAGAUCCAAUCUCAAUGUAUGAAGUUGAUGGAUAAAAUUUUCGAUAGAGAUAUUGUCAAACGAUUUCGUUGGAUGAUCGUUGGAUUUAUGAAAAUCAAUGAAUGCGAAGAAGCGAGAGCCAUUGAUCUACAACGUCGUUUUAUGAAUGAAUUCUGUAGAAGAAUGAGACUGGGUGUAGAGAACGGAGAUAAUGAUAUCACACUUCGUGUACGCAAUUUCUCAGAGCUGCAGUUCUUGCUAGCCAUGAAUGUCAAGGCAGUGGAUAUUUUCUUCCGGAAAACCGAAGAGGCAUGCAUCCACGUUAUGAAUCUCAUCAACUACGGAUCAACGUUUUCAAAGAGAUACGGAAUCUCCUUAUUAGUUGAACUAUAUCACCAUGCCGAAAAGAGAGAUAGGGAUCUGCAACGCCAUAUUGAACCCGAGUUGCAAGAUAUUUCGGGAACAGAAGCCUUUGAAAUCGAUUGUCAGAAUAAUCCGCUAGCCCGCCUCGAGUAUAUUGUCGACAUUGGAACUCGGGAGCAGUCGGAAUGGGCUAGCUGGGUGAUUGAAAACAUGAACAAAGGUUUGAAUCCGGAUGCAGUGUUUGAUUUCCGUCCGAGAAGAUAA